CUUGUCCCAUCAUUCCAAACGGCAUAUGACUUCUCUCCAGUCAAGAAGCACAUUAAGGCAGUCUUGCUUUCGAAUCCGUCGAACCCGCUGGGUAGAUGCUACCCUAGAAGUGUCUUGACCGAUUGUUUGGAGUUCUGCCAGGAGCGAGGGCUGCACCUGAUCUGUGAUGAGCUAUAUGCUCUAACUGAUUUCGGACGCACCAAUAAGGGCGAGGAAUUCGUAUCUGUGCUAUCCUUGACCGAACCCUUUAUGCCGGAGGGUGAGAUCAAGGUCGAUCAAAAUCGUGUGCAUGUCAUCUGGAGCGCGAGUAGGCUGUUGGGCGUGAGUGGGUUGAGAGUGGCAUGU